AUGGCCAUGGAUGUGGCUGAAUACCACCUGAGCGUCAUCAAGAGCCCCCCUGGCUGGGAGGUGGGUGUCUACACUGCUGGGGCCCUGGCACUGCUGGGAAUUGCAGCGGUGAGCCUGUGGAAGCUCUGGACAUCAGGGAGCUUCCCCAGCCCCUCCCCGUUCCCAAACUACGACUACAGGUACCUUCAGCAGAAGUACGGGGAGACCUACGCAGAGGCCAAGCAGAAGAGAGUGCCUGCUUGGAAUGCCCAGCGGGCCAGCACUCAGGGACCACCCAGUCGCAAAGGCAGCCUCAGCAUUGAGGACACCUUUGAGAGCAUCAGUGAGCUGGGGCCCCUGGAGCUGAUGGGCCGGGAGCUGGACCUGGCCCCCUAUGGGACCCUCCGCAAGUCCCAGUCGGCGGACUCCCUGAACUCCAUCUCCUCCGUGAGCAACACCUUCGGGCAGGACUUCACGCUGGGCCAGGUGGAGGUGAGCAUGGACUACGAUGCGGCCUCCCACACCCUCCACGUGGCGGUGCUGCAGGGCAAGGACCUCCUGGAGCGGGAAGAAGCCGGCUUCGAGUCCUGCUUCAUGCGCGUCAGCCUGCUGCCCGAUGAGCAGAUCGUGGGCAUCUCCCGGAUCCAGAGGAAUGCCUAUUCCAUCUUCUUCGAUGAGAAGUUCUCCAUCCCCCUGGACCCUGCCGCCCUGGAGGAGAAGAGCCUGCGGUUUUCUGUGUUUGGCAUCGAUGAGGAUGAGCGGAAUGUCAGCACGGGGGUGGUGGAGCUGAAGCUCUCUGUGCUCGACCUCCCGCUGCAGCCCUUCAGUGGCUGGCUCUACUUACAGGACCAGAACAAGGCUGCGGACGCUGUGGGCGAGAUCUUGCUGUCCCUCAGCUACCUCCCGACGGCUGAGCGCCUCACGGUGGUGGUGGUGAAAGCCAAGAAUCUCCUCUGGACCAAUGACAAGACCACAGCAGACCCCUUCGUCAAGGUGUACCUGCUUCAGGAUGGGCGGAAGAUGAGCAAAAAGAAGACAGCUGUGAAGAGGGACGACCCCAACCCGGUGUUCAACGAAGCCAUGAUCUUCUCGGUGCCAGCCAUCGUGCUCCAGGACCUAUCUCUCCGUGUGACGGUGGCUGAGAGCAGCAGUGACGGCCGAGGGGACAACGUGGGCCAUGUCAUUAUUGGGCCUUCGGCCAGCGGCAUGGGCACCACACACUGGAACCAGAUGCUGGCCACGCUGCGCAGACCCGUGUCCAUGUGGCACCCCGUCCGGCGAAACUAGCAGCCAGCAAAACGGGCCAGGGUGGGCACCGAGCUGCCCGGGGCCUGGCCCAUGCUCAGCUCCGAAGCCCCUCCCUAGUCCAGCGGGAGCCAUGAAUGCUGGGGUCCCCCACUGGAGCCCCCAUGAGCCAUCUUGGUCCUUCUGUCCAGACUGCAGUGGAGGAGUGGGCCUGGCCAGGUGUCUGGGGACCCAGGGUUUUCUCCCAUGGAGGGCCAGCUGGGACUGGGCCACGACCCAGGAAAGGCAGCCUGGCACUGGCCCAUCGUGCUCCCAUUUUGAGAUCCCCAACCGGCCUGUCCCUCGGCCUGGGGCGUUGGGGCUUAGUCUCUCAGGGCUCUCCAUGCCCCACCCCUGCUGGGAGGCCAGGGCUAAGCUGGGUCAUGUACGGGAAACGCGUGAGUCUUGGGGGCCAGAUGCUGUGCUAGACACCAGCAGACAUGACAUAAAGAGGACACGGCCCUUAGGAUGGCCGGAAGCAAGACCCCCCUGCACUGGGGAUCCGCUCAGUGCUGGAUGUGGCCGUGGCAGAGCUCUGGGGGCUGCCAGGGACAAGAUGGGAGCCGUGCCCUGAGGGGCAGGAGAGGAACUGAGUGUCGCAGGCAGGCAGCCAGCCCAAGCAAGGCGGGCAUGAACUUCCCCGUCACAAUCUGUCCUCAGCCUCUGGGCAGGAGAAGUGACCAGGAGACCAGGCCAAGCAGAGGCCUGCAGGAGGACGCUGGCUCUGGAGUCACGCGCUAUGAAAUCCACUCCCUUGAUCCAUAAUCCUUGCAAGGCCCAGAGGUCCUUGUGUUCGGUCCCAACUGAAUUAGGCAUUGGCUCCAUACCUCCAGG